AGAACCACUGCAAAAUUGGACACUGUACAUGGCUAUUGUUAAAAUCCUAAUUAUUUGACUGAAGGAUCUCAGCUAUGAAACUGCUGGUUUUGAUUUGGUGCUUCACAGUAUUGUGUUCCUCCAUCCCUGUCUCUGAGGAGAGGAAACGAGUCAAACGCUCAGAUGAUAGUGAUGAGAUGAACCUGAACUACAUGCAACCUCUGUUCCAGCCAUUUCCUGUCCCCAUUCCAGUGCCAUUCCCACGGCCUUUUGUUUUCCCUUUAGUCGUCCCGCCAGUCCCUCCUCCAAUCAUCCCUCCAUUUUUCAUCCCUCCACCUGUCAUCCCUCCACCUGUCAUUCCUCCACCUGUUAUCCCUCCACCUGUCAUCCCUCCACCUGUCAUCCCUCCAAUUGGAAAAUGAGACCUGACUGGGACCUGGGAAAACCUGACUUUAGCGUACACUUACUAUAAACAUUAAACAUAGUUAAAUAAGUUAAAUAAU